AUGUCAAAUAAAUUUUAUUUUCUAUUCAUUUUACUAGUUUAUUUUAAAUUUUUGUUAGGAGAUAAAUCAUGUUCUCCUAAAUAUUUUGGAAAAGAAAAUGAUUUGAAAAUUGUUUGUGUUUGUAAUAGUACUUAUUGUGAUGAGUAUGAUGAUUUUUUGCCAAGUCAAUUGAUUUCAUCUAUAGGUAUUGUUACAUCAACUAAAGAGGGUAAAAGAUUUGAAAAGACAUUUCAACUUAAAGGAGAUAAUCUUAAUGAUUCAGAGGUUCAUGCUAUUAUAAAUAUUAAUACAACAAUACAAUAUCAAAAAAUAAUUGGUUUUGGUGGUGCUUUUACAGAUUCUUUUGGUAUAAAUAUGAAUAGUCUUAGUUUGGAUACUCAAAAAAACUUGAUGAAUAGUUAUUUUUCUGACAAAGGAAGUAAAUAUACUAUUGGUAGGGUACCAAUGGCAAGUACCGACUUUUCAGAAAGAAUAUAUUCAUAUUGUGAUACUGAGAAUGAUUUUGAAUUAAAAACUUUUAAUUUAACUGUAGAAGAUUUUGAAUUAAAAAUUCCAUUUAUUAAAAAAGCUAUAGAAUUGACAAAAAAUAAUAUUAAAUUAUUUGCCUCACCAUGGAGUGCCGGUGGGUGGAUGAAAACAAAUGGUAAAAUGAAAGGUGGAGCACCAUUGAAAGGAAAAAUUCCUGGACCUUUCUAUGAAACAUGGGGAAAUUAUUUUGUAAAAUUUCUUGAAGCCUACCUAUCUUAUGAUAUACCAUUUUGGGGUGUUACAGGACAAAAUGAACCUACAAGUGGUUUAGAUCCUUUUUAUGGAUGGCAAACAAUGUUAUUUACACCAGAAACUCAAAGAGAUUUUAUUAAAUUAUAUUUAGGACCAAAAUUAAAAAAUCAUCCUAAGUUUAGUGAUACAAAAAUUAUGAUACUCGAUGACGACAGAGAGGUUCUUCCAUACUGGGCAGAUGUUGUCUUAGAAGACAAGGAUGCUGAAAAGUAUAUUGAUGGUAUUGCAAUUCAUUGGUAUCAGGAUGAAUUUCCUGUUAAUAAUAUAAAAACAACUUAUGAAAGGCAUAAGACUAAAUUUCUUUUAGCCACAGAAGCUUGUAAUGGAUGGACAAUUUUAGACAGAGGCCCAAAACCUGGAUACUGGAUACAUGGAGAAGCUUAUCUUUUCAGUAUCAUUGAUGACAUCAAUCAUUAUGUUAGUGGAUGGACAGAUUGGAAUUUGGCAUUAGACAUGACUGGUGGACCAACAUGGGCCAAAAAUAAUGUUGACUCUCCAAUAUUAAUUAACAAAUCAGAAGAUACAUUUUAUAAAAACCCUAGUUUUUAUGCAUUAGCACAUAUUUCAAAGUUUGUUAAACCUGAUGCUGUUAGAAUAGAUAGUACCAUUGAAAAUAAACUACAUGAAUUUGAUUUUGUUGCUUUUAAAAACCCAGAUGGAAGCAAAGUUUUAAUUAUUUUAAAUAAAAGUGAAAAAGAUUUAAAUAUUAAACUUAAUAGUUUAAGUUCUAUUAACAUAAAUAUAGGAGUUGUAAAAGUAGAAAAAUAUUCAUUCAAAACAAUUGUUUGGAUUUAA